AUGAUGAUGUGUGAGAGCGAUAACGAAAGUGAGAACAAUUCGUCGGCUCACAUUUCUGUUUUUGAACAACGCGCAUACAUUAAAAUCGAAACGAUUCGUGGUAAAACAGUGCCUGAAAUUCAUGCCGCGUUAAAUGAAGUGUNGUCACCGGAACAGAAGGAUACACGCAAAGACAUCUGCCGUGAACUCCUUUCUCGCUACGAAAAUGAAAAAGAAACGUUUCUUGAUCGUAUAAUUGCAAUAGAUGAGACUUGGAUCCGUGAUUUUGAGCCGGAAUUAAAAUCUCAAAGCAAUAUUUGGAAGGGAAUAACAUCACCAAGAGCAAAAAAAGUUCGUCGCCAGCAAACAAAGGUGAAACAAAUGAUGAUUUUUGCUUACGAUAAACUUGGGAUAAUUGUCACUGAUCGAGUUCCAAUUGGCAGUAGUGUAACCGGGGAUUACUACAAAACAUUCCUUGCCAAAAAAUUGCGACCAGAAAUCCGUAAAAAGCGACCAGGAAUGUUACAAAAUAGUGUGUCCAUCGAUAAUGCUUGGCCGCAUAUCGGGGCACCAGUCGUCGCUCUUUUGGAGAAAUAUGGAUGGGAACGCCUCAAACACCCGCCGUAUUCGCCGGAUUUAAGUCCCCCGGACUUUGGUUUGUUUCCAAAACUGAAAGAACCACUUAGAGGGAUCCGUUUUCCCAACUUAGAUAUACUAAAUGAAGAAGCGAGCCGAAGGAUCCGUGAACUCGACAAAGAUGGCGUCCUAUGCGGCGUUCAAGCGCUCCCGAAACGAUGGCAAUCGUGUAUAGACAAGCAGGGAGAUUAUAUCGAAGGUCUAUAA